UACACAACGAUCUCAACACAACCUAACUGGUAGCUUCUGGCCAAGCUCCCCCCCAUCGUCAGUGUUUUGGUGGAAGUGCACCGAACUUCCGCGGAAAACUAUUUACUUUUAACGUUUCCUCUUUAAGGUGUGCUUAUUUGCUCACAAGUGUGCUAUUUGUACAAAGUUACACAACUUGUGACUCGUUCGGCGUUUUGUUUGUCUCGCUGGAGUGGAAAUUGUUUCGUGAAAAAUCACUUUUAGAACCCUGAUUGCGUUGAAGGGGGUAUAUGUUGAUCCUCGUCAAGCUCGUCCGCGGUCUGGCUUUAAAAUCGCUACUUCCGGUUUGGUCUGUUUUUUCAGUUUUUGUUGAUAUGUGCGUAGAGUUUUCUGUUCUUUUUGUCACGUCUAAAAGAAUAAUUACUGUCUCCUGGCUACUGAGUUGGCUUCCAUCUUGGUGCCCUACUUCCCCCUCCCAGCUUAAAGAUGCAGAAGAGAAAAUGCUGAAAAGUGUAAAGCAGCCUUUUUCCAGACAGCACGUCCACAUCUCCAACGAAAACUACCUGUGGACCAUAGCCUUUUCCAACCACGGCCAUCCAUCCAUCCCGCAGCUCCAAGCCCCGUCGAGACCUCCUCUGGUUUUGCUGCACGGCUUCGGCGGCGGCGUUGCCCUCUGGGCCCAAAACCUGGACUGUCUCUCCAGCAGCGGUCCGGUUUACGCUCUGGACCUGCUGGGCUUUGGCCAAAGCAGCCGCCCUAUGUUCAGCACCGACCCCGAGGGGGCCGAGGACCAAUUUGUGGAAGCCCUGGAGGAGUGGAGGGAGAAGCUGGGCCUGGAGGAAAUGGUGCUGCUGGGACACAACCUUGGAGGAUAUUUGUCUGCUGCCUACACACUCAGACACCCCCAGAGGGUAAAACAUCUGCUCCUGGUGGAGCCGUGGGGGUUCCCUGCCCGCCCAGACAACCCCCACCAUAACUCCAUCCCUGUGUGGAUCCGAGCCAUGGGGGCUGUGAUGAGCCCCUUCAACCCACUGGCUGGCCUCAGGCUGGCUGGGCCUUUAGGUCCGACGCUGGUACAAACCAUCCGCUCCGACUUCAAACAGAAAUACUCCUCGGUGUUUGACGACAACACAGUGUCAAACUACAUCUACCACCUGAACGCUCAGACUCCCAGCGGCGAGACCGCGUUCAAGAACAUGACGGUUCCUUACGGCUGGGCCAAGAGACCCAUGUUGGAGCGUGUGGGCCAGGUGCAGGCCCACAUCCCUAUUUCCUUCAUCUACGGAUCACGCUCCAGUCUGGACAGCGCUUCUGGCUACGCCUUCAAGAAGAGCAGGCCGCAAGUGGGAAUCACCGUGAUUCGAGGAGCAGGUCAUUACGUUUUCGCUGACCAGCCUGAAGACUUCAACCAAAGCGUCCUCCGCAUCCUCGCCAGGACCGACACAAAAAGCCCGAGAGACUCACGUCCGAAGCCCUGAGCAGUUUUAGUUUUUAUUACUUGAAUUGUUUUAACUAACGCACACGAACUAAAACCACAACAACGUUAUCCUCAACAGGAAACUGUUCCACGCUUCUCUAACAUGCACUUUACUGACCAUCACCUCUGGAAAUACUCCAAGCAGCUUGUGGUGGCAGCAGACAACUAACUAAAAGGCAAUUGGUUCAUUUUUAUUCUUAUCUGCAGCUGGAAAGACAAUUCUGGUCUUGUUUGGGUCCGUGGAGAAUGUUCUUGCAAAUACCAGGGGAAAAGUAAAUAGGACAAAGGGCUCGUGUUUGUUCCAGUGUCUGCCAGCAGGGGGCAGCAGAGCACACCUUGGUCUGCAUUAAAGCUGAGAAGAAGCUGACCCCAGGAGAGAGAAGAGGGUCAGAGUCGGGACUAAAAAUCCACUUCCUCUGCAAGAGUCGGGACUAAAAAUCCACUUCCUCUGCAAGAGUCGGGACUAAAAAUCCACUUCCUCUGCAAGAGUCGGGACUAAAAAUCCACUUCCUCUGCAAGAGUCGGGACUAAAAAUCCACUUCCUCUGCAAGAGUCGGGACUAAAAAUCAACUUCCUCUGCAGCAGACUUUUAACACGCUGGAGACACAAAAUGUCCUCUCAUAACAACAAAAGUUGUUUAUUAAAUGUACAGACAUUGUUUGAAUUUUCUCUUAACUACUGCAGUAGCAUCACAUAACAAUAUUUAUACCAAAAAAAACAACAUUCGGUGUCCAAAUAAUCAACUAUUUUACUCAAAUAAACUUAUUUUUAGUUUUUUUUAUUUAACUACAGAUUUAUUUAUU